AUUUCGCCACGAUCACUGGCGGCCACAUAUUCUGCGCUGCCUUGACUAGCUUUCACUACUACCGAGUACUGUAGUGACUACAGCUAGCUAGGCUGCGAAACUUGCGCCCAAUGCAUGAAGGCUACGGUUGUCUGCAAAAUACUGUUGGCAGUUGCACAAUUCUCCUGUCUCGUCUUGUGAGAAGCUGAAGCAGCUCUUCGAUUCGUUUUGCACAAAGUCUAGGGCUUUACAGGUGCUUCAAGAAAGUUGCUCACCAGAGUACUGUUGAAAAGCUAGUCGUGCGCUUCCAUAAUUGUGAUCUGCUCAAAGAAGUAGGGGAUUGGAGGACGGACGUGCUUCUCGAAAGAGACCAGGAACUUCAGGAGAUUGUCUUGUAUUCGGUAUUUCACACUUCGAUCGGGCUUUGGGAAAAGGAAGGCACCAGAAAUUCCGAUUGAAUUCUGGUCGGAGUCCGGCAAGAGGAGGUUUUGGAAAGGAGCAAAAUCUUGGCAUGGCGUUGCGAGCUGCAGCGCGUGGCUGACACACCUAGACGUGUGAAUAAUUUGCGCGACGAGGAGCUGCACGCUGCUGAUAUGGCCAUGUCUCGAAGCCACGGAAUGCUGCGAGUUGUACGUGGCCUGCCGCAAUCCAGCUUUCUCCCAGACAAUCCCCUCCGGUGUCGCUCCUGGGUGAAGCCAGACUGCAGUGCCAACAAUGCUGGCAAGACAGCCCAAGAUGAAAGGCCCUGUGUGGCUCCAAAUCUCGAGGGUCCGCCAGGCGUCAGCAUCGUUGAGCGCUCCCUUGGGGACCGCCAUCAGCCGUACUGGCUUGGAGUGGAGCAAAGAAUGCUGACCCGAGCGAUGACCUUGAAGACUUCCCCACUCUGGGCGCACUCCAGUGCUUUGCCUGAGCAAGUGGGUGCUGACAUCAGCACAGCCCCAGUCCAGAGAAGCAUGCAGGGCGCCGCAACUCUGCGAGGGUUUGGCAGCGAAGCUGGGGCGUUGAGAGACGACGAGGAGGUGCCGGUGUGGAGGAGACAGGAGGCGAGCAGCGGGCUUAUCACUGAGGGAAGCCCCAGUCAGACUGCCGGAGGGACUAGCAAAUGCAGGUCCAUCUCCUUUGGUUGCGCAACCAUGCAAGGCAAGAAGGAAACAAUGGACGACCGCCUGACCGUCCAGUUCAGUUUGCGCGGCAAUCGGCACCUGGGCUUCUUCGGUGCAUUUGACGGCCACGGCGGCUGGUCAGUGGCGGAUUACGCGGCACACAAGCUGCACCGACACAUCUUCAACAGCCCGCUCGCAGGGACUUCGCUUCCAGAAGCCAUGAUUGAUGCAUAUGCACGGACAGAUGAGGAGGUUCUGACGUUCCCCGGGCGACUUGCCGGCGAAUACGGUCCGGACCUGGUGGGCUCCACGGCAACCACAGCGGUGGUUGACUUGGGGCGUGGCCAGCUGGUCGUGGGCAACGUGGGCGAUUCGCGGGCGGUGCUCUGCCGGGCGGGGCGCGCGGUUCGACUGACGGCAGAGCACACGGUGACGGAGGAGAGCGAGCGGGAGCGAAUUGAGGGGAGCGGGGGCGACGUGGUGGCAGGGAGGUUGAGCGGUAUCCUGAACGUGUCGCGGGCGCUCGGCGACUCAGACCUGAAGCGGUGGGUCGUGUCGGACCCGUUCGUCCGGGAGCUUCAGCUGACGUCCGAAGACGCGUUCAUGGUGCUGGCCACGGACGGGCUGUGGGACGUCAUCUCCAACGAGGGCGCGGUCGAGGUGGCGGAGCAGGGGGGGGAUGCGCAGACGGCGGCGCAGAUGCUCAUGGAAGAGGCCAUGAUGCGACGGGCAAGGGAUGACGUGGCGUGCUUGGUCGUCUAUUUUCAUUGGGCACGAUGAGUUGAUGCGGCGCCUUUGUCAUGGCGCGUCAGUGGUUCCUCUGCGGAGUCAGCGGGCUUUUCAUGCAAAGAGGUGACACCUUGAUUCCAUUAUUCAUAAAUCUCUCGGUUGCAAGUGUAAAUAACUGUGCCUUACCGAAGUCUGACUCACCGUAAUGAUAUCAUUCGCUGCGCAACAAAUUGUUGCCCAAUGUUUGGGUGGAAGCCGAUCCUCCCGAGAGGUUGAACUUUCGGCUGACCGUUCCGAUCGUUUGUGAGGAGUGCGCCUCCUGCAAGCGAGGUAGUACCUGUUGGACCUUAUGGUUGAUUUCUUUGACGGCCUGCUGUACUACGAGCUUGUUUGAUUAGAGACACACUUACCAGUAGUUUUGUAUAAAGAUUCGUUGUAUUUGAAUCAGUUGACCUUGACAUGAAGCUCGAGAGAAACGUGACAUGCUUCGAUAUCCGCACUCGGACGCCUUUGCUUUUCGACUUCCGCACGCGCCAUCGCAUUGAAAUUAUGGUUGUGCACAGUCCGAGG